AUGGUUGCAAAUGAGUCUAUAAAGUUAAGACUCAUUCUGAUGGUUCUCUCAAGUGAUAUAAAGCUCGCUUGGUUACUAAGGGUUUCUUGCAAGAGUAUGAUGGACGUUAAAAAUGUUUUUCUUAAUGGUCAUCUCACUGAGAAAGUCUACAUGCAUCCUCUCACUGGCCUUCUCCACUCCUCUAGGCAGGUUGCCUCUUCUCCAAAGGGCUAUUUUCUAUCUCAAGUCAAGUAUGCUAAUGAGGUUAUUCACCGUGCCGGUCUUACUGCUACUAAGGUUUCUGAUACCCCCAUUGAGCUUAAUGUGAAGCUCAAUUCUACUAAUAGUGUCCAUCUAGAUAAUCCCACUUUCUAUCGCGAGCUUAUGGGUUGUUUAGUGUAUUUGACUAUCACUCGCAUUGAUCUUGCUUAUGUUGUUCAUGUGGGCUUACUGUUGUCUUCUACUUCCUCUUUAGACUUGGUGGCCUAUGUUGAUUCCGAUUGGGCUAGUGAUGUUAAUGAUCGCAAGUCCACCUCUGGUUUCUAUAUGUUUCUUGACGAUCCUUUGAUCUCUUGA